UUGCGAUGCCCGGCCGGGAGGAUCCCUCGGAGGAAGCGGAGGAGGAGGGCAAAGGCAGCUCCAAGGGCAAAGCCCAGCUGCUGCCCUCCAGCGAGAAGCCCCGCCUGGGCACCAGCAGCAGCAGCAGCCUCCCUUUGGGCCCCUGGCGCUCCACGCGGGGCUUCGCCAUCACCGACCUCCUGGGCUUGGAAGCCGAGCUCCAGCCCCAGCAGCCCCAGCCCCCGCCGGAGCCCUCCGGAGCCCCCGCCGGAGCCCUUCCCCUGGGCCUGGGCUUCCUCUGCGGCUUCGCCCCCCAGCAGCCCUCCCCCGGGGGGCCCCCGCCUUGCCUCCUGCCGGCCCACCUCCCCUUCCUCCAGACCCACCACCAGACCCAUCAUCCCCAGCACCACCACCACCAUCAUCCCUAUGGCCCCGGAGCGGAGAAGCACAAGGAGAACAUCUCCGAUGAAGACAGUUUGUCAGGUGACAAGAACAACUUGAAGACUUCUGAUGCUCAGAUCAAGAGAAAGAAACGGCGGCAUAGGACUGUGUUUACUGCCCAUCAACUGGAAGAACUGGAAAAGGCUUUCAAUGAAGCUCAUUACCCCGAUGUGUAUGCCAGAGAAAUGUUAGCUAUGAAAACGGAGCUCCCUGAGGAUAGGAUACAGGUUUGGUUUCAAAACCGAAGAGCCAAGUGGAGGAAGCGUGAGAAGUGUUGGGGCCGCAGCAGCGUGAUGGCUGAGUAUGGCCUCUAUGGAGCCAUGGUGAGACACUCCAUCCCACUACCAGAAUCAAUCAUCAACUCUGCCAAAAGUGGGCUUGUGGGCUCCUGUGCCCCUUGGCUGCUUGGAAUGCAUAAGAAGUCAGUCGAUGUUCCAAGGAAAUCUGAAAAUGAAGAGAAGGGGAAUGGUGGCUGGAAAUCUGAGCACCCUGAAGAGGAAUUAAAAAUGAAGCCAGAAGAACAGGAAAGAAGUUUCACUGACAAAUUCAGCUCCAUGGACAAUUCUGAAGACAUUGCGAUGGACCUCUCUAGCACUGCAAAGCAAGAGAAAAAGAGCAGCACUUUGAGACAAAGUAUGAGUGGAGCAUCACACCUAAAAAUAAAAGACAGUGAACACUAAGUGUGGGGCUGCAAUGGGGUGGUAGCGUAGGGCAGAUGUGAUAACAUAGACAAAAAAUAAGAUAAGCAAACCUCACCAGUCUUUGGAAAUGUGAAUAUUUAUUAAUAUUUUAUUAAUAAUUAUUAGUAUUUUUCCCAGCUAGGUUAGCUAAUACAACAUUUUACAUGCAGAUGGGACCUGCCCAAGAUAUAUUGAUUAUUUUUUCAUCUUUAAAGUUAUUUAUUUGUAAUUGAGAUAAUUAAUAACUAGAUGUAGUUGAGUUCUCCUCCCUUUUAACAUGCCACACUAAAGUCACCUUUUAUUAGCAAUUCCAGAAAAAUGCUAAUAAUGUUCCGUUGGGGGGGAAAACCUGGGUGCUAAACCAAGAGAUGAUCAUAAUAAAGCUGAGCUUUUGGUUCUUCAGAGAUGUUAAUCCUUAUGAACGAGAAGGAUUUCUGGCCUCUACAAUCCUUGGUCAACAAUAUCAUUAUUAGGAUCACACACACACACACACACACACAAAUUUAUGCAUACUCUGGGAAAGUUGUUUUGAUGUUAAAUUUUGUAAACCACUAUGAUCUCUAAGGAAUAGCAGUCUAGAAAUAAACUUUCAUUCAUUUAUAGAUCUUCGCAAUUUUUAAGAGAUGCCCGCAGUUUUGUGCAUAUUGGCUUGGUUCUAAUUGCCUGAACACAUGGACUUAUUUUUUUAAUAUUUAUAUAUAUGUUGUUUUUAAUGUUAGCUGCAGUUGCAGAACAGGAAGAGCUUUCCUUUGUACUGUCGGAAGCAGUCUAAACUUUAUUGUGGGGCCUGGGUGAGUGGUCACAGAACAGGCACCAAGAGCUAUAAUAAUGCUAACCUAGCCUUUUGCAUAAAAGUUUUGAAAAUGCACAUUAUGAAGUGAAAAUACACAUGAAGACUGAUUCUUUCCCACUCUUCCUAGCAAACAAAACUGCAAAGAAUACUUCUUGUGCACCGCUUUAUUAAAAUAUGUUGGUUCAUGAACCGAAUCCAACACUUGGCUCUCCUGAUACUGUUGGGAUAAAACUCAUCUAUUCCUGUUGGAUAUGCUGGCCAGGAGUCAAGGGAUUUGCAGUCUACUGUCUGGAGAACCAUAGUGCACCCAUCCCCACUUUAGGAACUGGAUUAUUACUAGCUGGGCAUCCACCCUAUAUGUUUAACUUCCCACACCUGGUGACCUCAAGAUUUCCCAUCAUCUCCAAAUAUCAGAGUUGAUGGUAAUAGUAGUUGGAAGUUUCAACUCAUUAGGAGGGCACCAUCUUUGAAAAGGUUGCCUGAGUAUACCAGAUAUGUUUACAGUAUUUUAUUUUGUUAGAAUUUGCUUGCAUUUGUUGUUAAAUUAUGACAAGCUGCCUCGGGUCCCAUGGCAGGAGAAAGGUAGGGUAUAAAUUGAGUAAACAGAUGAAUAAAUUUCAAUGGGAAUUGCACCAGCAGGGUAUGCUCAAUUCAAACAGGGCAAAUUCCAAUAGUUAGUCUCAACUAGAAUGGACAAUCAGUAGGAACUUGGUAAGUCAAUAUUUGUGAGUUCUGUUAGUUCAAUUGGUUUGCUGUUGUUGGGACAAAUCUCUAGAUCUAGGCCAGGAAUAGGAACUGUGUGGCCCUUCAGAUGUUAUUGAAUAGCAGUCUAUGGCAUUCCUUACCAUUGGUAUGUUGGCCUCCGCAUUCCCACCCCUGAUUAGGGCCUUGGUCCCAAUACCCAGAUCCCACAUGGAGUUAUACGUGAGCCCAAGUGCCCCAGAGAAUGCUUUAUUGAGCUUUAGAAAACUACCAGGAAAACCUCAGCCUAUGUUAGAACAUAGAGCAGAACAAAUGAUCACGUGGGCCCUCCCUAACCCUUCAGAGAGUGUGGGAGACCUUGGUUGCGCAGAAUGAUGGGUUCAUAUCAGAGGCCCUUUGUUUACUUUGAAGAUGCUGCAUCAGGUUAUCUUGUGUUUACAAUCUCUAAUAUGAUCCAGGUGCUGCAGGGAUGCAGAAGAUUGCUGUAUGCGUUUUUCUCCUUAGCCUACAUAAACUAUUCUAGUGUCACUGCUUUCCUUAGAGAUGUGGCACAUUUAUAAACAGAGUUCCUCCUUUCACUGCUGGUUUCAGUAGGAGAAAAUGAAUACAGGUUGAUUCUCCCUUAUCUGGAAUUCCAAUCCAAAAUAUUCCAAAAUCCAAAUUUUUUCAUGGGUGGC